CGGUUGGCUGAAAAGACAUUGAGUUAAUGCCAUUGACACAUUAACACUUCUGCAGCCAUGUCGACGGAGUUCUUCGCCUCUAGCGCCACAUCGACGGGCCCUGCCUUCUGCCCGCACUGCGGCACCAUAUUGGACCACCCGGACACCAACAGCAUCGUGUGCUCCGCGUGCGAAUACCGCUGCCGCUACCAAGACCUGCCGUCGCUGACCGUUGUGACCCGCAGCGAGGACAAGCCGACACCCAAGUGGCUGGAUGCCGAGAAGGUCAUGAGCGAAGUCACGGGCCCCGCCCGCGCCACAGUGGAGGAGACGUGUCCCAAGUGUGGCAACCCGGAGAUGGACUACUACACGCUGCAGCUCCGCUCGGCCGAUGAGGGUCAGACGGUCUUCUACGAGUGUAAGAAGUGCGGCCACAAGUUCUCGGUCAACAACUAAGCAGCUGCGAAUGGCACAGCAUAUAGAUAUAUCGAUACAUGUACGUUCAUCUCGACAUGGGCUGGA